CUCCCUCGCCGCUUACCAAUUAGCAGUCCGAAAGCCGACAACGACACGCCGCUGCUAACGUCGUCGGAGCUGCAGAGCGUGGGGAUUUUCGGAUUGUCCUCAUCCACCGUUGGAUUGCCGCCACGUGGCGCCCCGGUUGUCGUGUCUCGGCCCCUUUACGGUCUGGGGUUUGAUUCUUUUCUCUUCUCUUCUCUUUCCUUCUUCCCCAACAAAUUUGGUCACAAAAUAUUUCUGUUUUAGCGAUGGAUUUCUCUGCGAUUUAGAGUUAGAGAUGGAGUUUUCCGAUCGGAAUUUUUGUAUUUUGAUUUUGAUUUUGAUUUUCUCCGGCGGCAAUGUAUCGGCGGCGGUGAAAUUUGACUUCUCUAGCGUGCCUCUCUCCGGGCUGAAGCUCCUCGGCGAUGCCCACUUGAGCAACGGGAGCGUGCGCCUUACGCGCGACCUCACCGUCCCGAACUCCGGCGCCGGCAAAGUUUUGUACUCUAACCCGAUCGAAUUUCGCCGGCCGGGGAUGGAAUCUCCGGCGAGCUUCUCUACAUUCUUCUCGUUCUCCGUCUCGAAUCUGAACCCAUCCUCAAUUGGCGGUGGGUUGGCCUUCGUCAUCUCGCCGGACGACGAGUACGUCGGAGACGGCGGCCCGUAUUUAGGGAUUACCGAUGGGAAGGGCGGCGCCGUGAAUGGCGCGGUGGCGGUGGAGUUCGACACCCUGAUGGACGUCGAAUUCAAGGACAUUAACGGCAACCACGUCGGUCUGGAUUUAAACUCGAUGGUCUCCACGGCGGUUGGCGAUUUGGGAACGAUCGCCGUCGAUUUGAAGAGCGGCGACUCGGUGAACUCGUGGGUCGAAUAUUCCGGGUCUACUCGGUCACUCAGAGUCUACGUUUCGUAUUCCAAUUCGAAGCCCCAAGACCCAAUCCUGUCCGUCGAUUUUGAUCUUGCCGAUUACAUAUCGAACGGUUCGAUGUUCGUCGGCUUCUCCGGCUCGACUCAGGGCAGCACGGAGGUCCACACAAUCCAGUGGUGGAGCUUCACGUCGUCGUUCGAUGAAUCACCGGCGCCGUCGCCGGAUAUAGCCAAUCCAUCUCCAGCACCGGAGGCCGACGGAACCAAAACGGCGUCGCAUCACAAAACAGAUGGGAACUGCCGCAACGAGCUCUGUCGCGGCAGUCCCGGGGCGGUCGCCGGAGUAGUCACCGCCGGCGCCUUCUUUUUGGGGUUUUGUGCACUAGCUUUUAUAUGGAUUUACAGGAAGAAUUCCAAAGGGGAUAUGAGUUCAAAUUUGAAAUUGAAGUUGAAUUCGAACACGAUCGCUUCAGAUGUGAUCAAAAUGCCAAAGGAAUUCAGCUACAAAGCGCUGAGAUCGGCCACCGGAGGAUUCAAUUCCGACCGGAUAAUCGGCCAUGGCGCAUUCGGGACAGUUUACAAGGGGAUCUUUCCGGCGACCGGCGACGUCGUGGCGGUGAAGAGAUGCAGCCAUUCCGGGCAGGGGAAGGCAGAGUUUCUGUCGGAAUUAUCGAUCAUCGGAGCUCUCCGGCACCGGAAUCUCGUCCGGCUUCAAGGCUGGUGCCAUGAAAAGGAUGAAAUAUUACUAGUCUAUGAUCUGAUGUGCAAUGGGAGCUUAGACAAGGCCCUGUUCGAAUCCCGAAUUGUCCUGCCGUGGCCGCACCGGCGCAAGAUUUUGCUCGGCGUAGCAACGGCGUUAGCGUAUUUGCAUCAAGAAUGCGAAAAUCAGGUCAUUCAUCGCGAUGUAAAGACGAGCAACAUCAUGCUCGAUGAAGGGUUCAACGCCCGAUUAGGCGAUUUCGGAUUGGCCCGGGAGGUCGGGCACGACAAGUCUCCCGAUGCGACGGCGGCUGCGGGAACGAUGGGGUACUUGGCGCCCGAGUAUUUACUAACGGGCCGUGCCAGCGACAAGACCGAUGUUUUUAGCUACGGCGCGGUGGUGUUGGAAGUGGCGAGCGGUCGAAGGCCGAUCGCGAAGGAGUCGAACCCGUCGAGCAGAGUCGGGGUGAGUAGCAAUUUGGUCGAAUGGGUGUGGGGAUUGCAUAGGGAAGGAAAGUUAAUCGAGGCUGUCGAUCCGAGGCUAGAAAACGAGUUCGACGAGGCGGAGAUGACGCGGAUUUUGUUGGUCGGGUUGGCGUGCUCGCACCCGGACCCGACGGCAAGGCCUACGAUGCGGCGCGUGGUGCGAAUGCUCGAGGGCGAAUCGCAAGUCCCGAUUGUCCCGAGAUCGAAGCCGAGUACGAGUUUUACGACGUCUCAGCUCAUAUCGAGCUUACAGGACAGUGUCUCGGAUUUGAAUGGGAUGAUCGGCAUCUCGACCACGUCGUCGGAAACCAGUUUCGGCGGCGGCCACGGCGGCGGCGGUUUAGACAUGGUUUAAAAACUCUAAUUGUUUAGUUUCACUUGUUGCUGUUAGUGUUAGUGUAUAGACAAUAUUCUUUACUGUUUGGUGAACACUAAAGUGUAAGUAAGUAAAGCAUAUUUAUUAGGACAUGACAUGUUCUUGGCAUUUUGCAACCUUUUUCCUGUAAACACCUUUUGGCCAAGACUAUAGUGUAAGAAAAGCAUAUUUUUUUCGAUUUAGAAAAUAAAAAUUGAAUCUGAUAUCUUUUUUUUUUUUUUUUUAUAAGUAAAGUGAAAAUUUGGGGUAAAUUGAAACAAACAUUUUGAA